GCUGUGUUUAGACUCUACUGAUGUCGUGGCGCUUCGGGACAAGAAGUUGGUGGUACUGGGGCCCUAGGAUUGAGGACGAGGUCCGAGUGAUCCCGGACCCUUUCCUACCCACUCCUCCCCUUUCCGCCUUAUCCAUCCCUCCUCAGGCAGAAUGAGGCGUGCAGGCCUGGGUGAAGGAGCACCUCCGGGCAACUACGGGAGCUAUGGCUAUGCUAACAGUGGGUAUAGUGCCUGUGAGGAAGAAAAUGAGAGACUCACUGAAAGUCUGAGAAACAAAGUAACUGCUAUAAAAUCUCUUUCCAUUGAAAUAGGCCAUGAAGUUAAAAAUCAAAAUAAAUUACUAGCUGAAAUGGAUUCACAAUUUGAUUCUACAACUGGAUUUCUAGGUAAAACUAUGGAAAAACUGAAGAUUUUAUCCAAAGGGAGCCAAACAAAGUUACUGUGCUAUAUGAUGCUGUUUUCACUGUUUGUCUUUUUUGUCAUUUAUUGGAUUAUUAAAUUGAGGUGAUGCAAGUAAGCAUGAGUCUGGAAUUUAUUCCAGCUAAUGGUUUGGAAUACCACCUUGUUAAUAUCAGCACCAAAACAUUCCUCAUUUUCAAACACUAUGGCCUUUUCCCUUCAAGAUUACUGGAUUUUGCUUCUUUUAUAAAUCACAUUAGUAAGACAGUGCUUUUUAAUACUGUUUCUUACUGACUCAUUUUAACCCCUAUUUUCAGGGGUAUUGAGAAGGCCUGAAAUCAGUGGUUUUACCAGUUAUUUUUUUCCCCAGUUUGCUGUCAAAUUAAGUAGCAGAAGAAUAUUCUGUUGUCACCAUAAAUGUAACAUGUUCCGUAUACUGAAACGAGUGGGAGAGCAGUAGAAUGCCUGGAGAGCCUGAUAUAGAGCUCCUGAGGUAGUGAGCCAGAAUAUGAUAGAAUAGUAAUUUUAUUUGCCUCAUUUGUUAACAGCUAUGAUGAUGUAUGCUCUCUCUUCCUCCUUUAUUUGGCAAAAACUGUGAGCCAGUUUCUUUUUACCUAAAAUCUUCUCGUUAAUUUUGAUCCAAUGAUUAUUCUGUUUUUGUCCAAGACCCUCCUUUUUAAAUAAAACUUACUUCCACAUAUGACUAGUAGACCCCAAUUACAUGUGUAUCCAUAUAGUUGUUUUUUUAUGUUGACUUUACAAAUUCCAUAGACUUUCUAAUAGCUUCAUGAUUUUAUCUACUUAGGUAAGCCAUUUGAUUAUCAUUGUGACAGAAUUUAAGUGAAAUUAAGUAAUUGCUAAGCUCUAAGUGGAAAUCAGGUGUUUAAGCAAAAUUAAUUGCCCCUGCUUCAUUAUGUGCUCAAAAUAGCUAUGAAAAUACUGAGGCAUUCAAGUUAGAGUCAAGAGAAUUGUUGUUUUAAUCCAGUGUUUGUUAGUAGAAAUUGUGAUCAAGAUGGAUUUGAGUGAAGAAGAAAUAUUAAGUACUGUAAAAUACUCUAUUGGUUCUGUUUUGGAAUUACCUAUUUAUAGUUUCCAGAAAUAAAUUUUUAUGGAGAUAUAUUAACU